UGUAUUUUACUGAGGAUUAAAUCUAGGUAGAGUGUUUGAAGAAGACAUUUCUACAGCUAGGAAAAUAAUUUAGUGUCCCAGCUGCAGUCGUCAAGUGAACCUGAGUUAAGUAAUUGGCUUCAUCACUGGUCUGUGGAAUGUAUUCUUAAAUAACAGUUGAUGUGGAGCUGGGGUUAGACCAUUGUAGACUGUGCAACCUGGGAUAUAUAAGAAAAAAAUGAUGAAUAUUUUCAUCCCUUUUGUUUCAUCUUUUAAGAACUCUUAGUUCUACAUUAGAUUGUUUUCUUGAUGUUCAGUUACUUUUCUUUAACGUUCUACAUAGGAAGGCUCUGUCAAAUGUACAAUUGGUAAAUCUUUUUUCUUAUUCUAUAGGCUGCCACUUUGAUGGUGUCCUUUGAUACACAGAAACUUUUUAGUUUUAUGAGGCCCUCUGGUGUUUUCCUGUUAAUAGUUUGAUAGCUUUCUUUGGUUGUUUGUGUUUUUUGGCUUUGGUUUGUUUGUUUGUUUGUUUUUUUGUUUUCUUAGAGUUUUUGUUUAGGUUGAAAGGAAGAGAGAAAGAAGAAGAAGAUGAGUGUGAGGGAAUAUGGGGAGGAUCUGAGAUGACUUGAAGGAGGGGAAAUGAAAAAGUUUCAAAUGACAUCCAGAUCCCAAUAUGGGAAGAUAGCUCUGGUAAUAAAAUGUUGGCUGUCUUAGAACCUAUGCUUAAAACCAAUUUCUCGAAACACACACACACACACACACACACACACACACACACACACACACACACACAAGCAAACUUGUUAUUGUUUGCUGGCCACCCAGCUUAAUGUAAUAGCAAGUUCCAGGUGAGGGGAGAGGUCAGAGGGAGGGCUACAUCUUUAAACGCUUGGUGGGCAGCUCCUGAGGAUGGGCACUUGUCUUUGGCUCCCUCUACCCCAGAUCCUAUGAAAAUGUACACUAUACAACUUGUACAAAAUUUGUCAUUCCACUCAAUUUCUACAAUCAAUGAGGGGAAGCAACAUGGAAAUAAAGAUUUAUAGGAAUGCUACUGAAUUAUUGAAGGAGUGCACUACAUUUUUAUUUUUGUGACUUUUAUGUAUCACAGAUUGGCCUUGGACUCCUGAUUUUCCUGUCUGUACCCUCCAACUGCUGAGAUUAUGGUCAUAUGUCUGCUUUAACUUCUGAAGACCCUUUCUCCCAAAUUAGGAAGAAGCUUUAUUGAUGGACAGUUUUUUCCUAACAAUUGUUUCAAACAUUUCCUUACUAUAGAACAGUCUUGGAAAUGAAUGCUGAGGGUAAUGAAUACAUUCUGAAUUAUCUUUUCUGUGAGUGUAGGGACUUUUUUUCAGGUCAAAGCAAUUACACUGAACAUAAUUUUGCAUUCUUUACUUUGGAUGCUAUAACAAAAGUACCAUAAACUGGGUGAUUUAAACCACAAAAUCAGUUCUCAGAUUUAUCAAUGGUGGAAGUGAAAAGGGCCCUCUUUGUGGUUGGCAAAUGAGUUCUGAUUAAGUUCUCACAUGGUGCAAAAUAAACAAUGGAGAAGCAAGCUCCUUUGUUUCUGACAAGGACAUUUAGCAUAUCAUGAAGGUUCUAUACUCUGGUCCUCCUUCUAAAUUAAAAGACAACUAUUUUCCACUAUAGAGUCUAGUGGUGUUUCAGAAUAAUUACAAAAUGUUCCAUUAACAAUAUAUGGCAGAAUAUGACGGAUACAUUAUUGCUACUGGUACAUGAUUGCUCCUACUAUGGCCUAUAAAGAACUUUAAGCACAAUUUAACUAAGGAAACAAAACUCAACAAAAACAAGACCCAGCUUUCCAUAUAGCUACAGACUAAUUAUAAAACAAUAUAAAUCACAGAAUAAAACAUACAAUAUUUAGUAAAUGAAAGAGAAAAGGGUUUGAAUUUUUUAGAAGUAAAACUAAUCAACACAUUUUGUUAAAGACAGGAUUUAGACUAUUAAAGUGAUAGAUAUUAAUAAUUGGAAGAGUUUUGGGUCAGAGUGCGCAUAGAAAUAACUUUCUGUUGAUAUUUAAACAUAUCUGAGAUCAGUUCUCAGAGAGAACAUUUUAAGAUAUCACAAACCCCAAAUGGUAAGCAACCAAGACUUUUGUCAAAGACAAAACUAAUACUAAUUUGCCAAAAUAAUAACUAAUUUGCCAAAAAUACCUUAUAAUCUUUACCAUCACAUCUCCUCUCUCUCUCCCUUUCUCAAUUCUUUCUUUGAAUCUUCAUCAAAGACUUCUAUCCAUUUAAGAAGUAGAAGGGGGUAAAUAAAAAAAAAACAGGUAAUCAAUAGAAUAUAUUGGGUUUUUUUUUGUUUUUUUUUUUGUUUGUUUGUUUUUUUCCGGAGCUGGGGACCGAACCCAGGGCCUUGCGCUUCCUAGGCAAGCGCUCUACCACUGAGCUAAAUCCCCAACCCGAAUAUAUUGUUUUUUAAGAUGAAAAGAUUUGAAAUAGCUGUAUAUGUAAACAUAUUCACAUACAAAUCAUUAACAAUACUACUUGUGUAAUGGAUUUUGAAAAUAGUUUUAUCAAAGAUAAUCAUGUGAAAUUAAAGGAUUUUAACCAAGGAUUGCUAAUUAAUGUGCCACGUACAAAAUAAAAAAUAUAGAAUGACAGUGUAUUAAAAGUGAUAAGAUAGCAAAAACUGAGUUCUUUUCUUGUUUUUUUCCUCUAGCAGGAAUGGAUUCUAUCCUGCUAAUCACUCCAAACUUACUAUCAUAUGGGAGACAUUUUCUGAUCAUCAAUGAGGCUGCCAGUUUUAGGACAGAUGGAAGACCCACUGUGUCACAAAAGAAAGAUAAGACUUCACAGAAUGUGAUGUCACUGACAGGCUGAUAGCCGCUCUUCUUCUCCACCUUUUCUUCUUCAAGAAUAGCAAUUGCUUCUCCCAGAUACAGCAGCAAUAAACCCCAGUCCCCCUUUACCACACUGCAGUUGCCCUGGGGCCUUGUCUCUACAAAGCAGAACCCUUGGGGGAAGUUCAGGGUUGAUCAGCAACAAACUGUCUCACAAGCUAUUCCUCAAGGCUGUUGGACUUGGAGGAGCUUCUCCCAUUUCUCAUAAUUUCCUAUCACCUAUCAUCCUAUCCCACCAUUAAAAAUCAGCAUAAGGUAUAAAAUUUGUAUUCUUUUCAAAUAGCCCAAUUUAACUUCUUUAGGUGGCUCAGAAUUGAUUCCCAGGGUCCUUGUGCCAUUUGGAUGUUGAACAUCAUUACUUUCAGGUAUUCUGUCAGGAUUCUAAAACUCCGUAUUCAUAGUCAUUUCAGUUUUGCAUCAUUGACUGCUAAAGAUUAAUUCCCUCCCCAGUUCUGACUUCACGACCAAAUCACAUUAUAAUAAAAGGUAUCUCAUGGAGAAGGGUAAGAAAAGCAAGUUUCUGUAAGGAUUGUUAAGCUGUGUGAUUUCUGGGAAGAGAUGCUCUGUGAACUUAUUUCAAACUUAACUCUCGGCUGACUCUCAUCACAAUAAAAAGGUAAGUUCACCGGUAUAGAUUUGGAAGGAGGAGGUGUCACAAAACGUGUGUGUGUGUGUGUGUGUGUGUGUGUAUGAAGUGUUAUAGUACCCUUUUUGUUCACAUUGGUAUUAAGUAGGUAAAAAGUGUCCAUACUGAAUUUUCUUCUUAGUUCCUCUGCUCUUGGUAGAUAUCGUCUGGCUUCAGCUGGCAUCUGUGAAGAGCGAAUAACUUCUAAAGGUCACAUUCCAUUGACCUAAGAGAGGAAGGUGCUUGGACAGCAUGAGUUUUUACUGAGAUUCCAAGGUACUGCAUAAGGAAAGCAGCCAGAAAGGAGGCUGCCUGAGCUAGACAAUUUCUGAGUGAUCUUAGUAUGAAUACAACCUAGAAUGUUCUUUACCCUCACUAAACCGAUAGAGUACCAGGUCUACACCCACUCAGCUGAUCCUGCUCCUACACAGACCGGUGAAAGGGUCCAGAGAAAGAUACCACACCUACCUAGGAAUCCUGCAGGCACAGCGUCCCGCCCGGCCCCGCCCCUCCCACCUACCUGCACGCCUGCGCCCCUGCGCUCUCAAGGUCAGCCCCGCCUCCCGCCCUAGCCUCACACCCACGGAAGUAGCUUUAAAGGACGCCUUGCGUCUCCUCCUCUCUGCGUGGCGUGGGGUCGCUGGCGGUCAGGAGAGGGAGGAACUUCCUGUCCCGUGCGGGCAGGACUUCCGGCCGAGGCGGAAGACCUUUUCCCUCGCGUUUUCUGGAGAUCCGUUUUGCAGAACCUGGAGGGGCGAGUCGGGACCGUACUGUGGACUCUAGAGUGUCUAUAGGCGUUAUGGGUGUGAUAGGUAUACAGCUGGUUGUUACCAUGGUGAUGGCCAGUGUCAUGCAGAAGAUUAUACCUCACUAUUCUCUUGCUCGAUGGCUACUCUGUAAUGGCAGCUUGAGAUGGUAUCAACACCCUUCCGAAGAAGAAUUAAGAAUCCUUGCAGGGAAGCAGCAGAAAGGAAAAAGUAAAAAAGACAGAAAAUACAAUGGCCAUAUUGAAAAUAAGCCACUAACCAUUCCAAAAGAUAUUGACCUUCAUCUAGAAACCAAGUCCGUUACAGAAGUGGAUACUUUAGCACUGCAUUACUUUCCAGAAUACCAGUGGCUGGUGGACUUCACGGUGGCUGCUACUGUUGUGUAUUUAGUAACUGAAGUCUAUUACAGCUUUAUGAAGCCCACACAGGAAAUGAAUAUCAGCUUAGUCUGGUGCCUCCUGGUUUUGUCUUUUGCAAUCAAAGUUCUAUUUUCAUUAACUACACACUAUUUUAAAGUAGAAGAUGGAGGUGAGAGGUCAGUUUGUGUCACCUUUGGAUUUUUUUUCUUCGUUAAAGCAAUGGCAGUUUUGAUCGUAACAGAGAACUACCUGGAGUUUGGACUUGAAACAGGGUUUACAAAUUUUUCAGACACUGCGAUGCAGUUUCUUGAAAAGCAAGGUUUAGAAUCUCAGGGUCCUGUUUCAAAACUUACUUUCAAAUUUUUCCUGGCUGUUUUCUGUUCACUCAUUGGGGCUUUUUUGACAUUUCCUGGAUUACGGCUGGCUCAAAUGCAUCUGGAUGCCCUGAAUUUGGCAACAGAAAAAAUUACACAAACAUUACUUCAUAUCAACUUCUUGGCACCUUUAUUUAUGGUUCUGCUCUGGGUGAAACCAAUCACCAAAGACUACAUCAUGAACCCACCAUUGGGUAAAGAGAGUGUCCCUUUAAUGACAGAAGCCACAUUCGAUACUCUUCGACUCUGGUUAAUAGUUCUGCUAUGUGUUUUGCGGUUGGCCAUGAUGCGAAGUCACUUGCAAGCGUAUUUAAACUUGGCCCAGAAAUGUGUGGAUCAAAUGAAGAAAGAAGCAGGCCGAAUAAGUACAGUGGAGCUACAGAAAAUGGCAACGCGAGUCUUUUAUUACCUGUGUGUCAUUGCCCUGCAAUAUGUGGCACCUCUGGUGAUGCUGCUUCACAUGACUCUGCUUCUGAAAACACUAGGUAAUCAUUCCUGGGGGAUUUAUCCAGAAGCUGUUUCUCCCUUGCCAGUGGAUAAUAAUCUCCCAUCCAACUUGGUUUACCCUGAACUACCAUCACCUGAUGGGAAGAUGAAGGUAACUGUUAUGCAAAUCACAGUGGCGUUGAGCAGCUUAAAAAACAUCUUCACGCCUCUCCUUUUUCGAGGACUUCUGUCAUUUUUGACAUGGUGGAUUGCUGCUUGCCUCUUUUCUACAAGCCUUUUUGGGCUUUUCUAUCAUCAGUAUCUGACAGUGGCAUGAAUUUCAGUCAAAAAUGGAUAUCCAAGUCACACUUUAAAUUCAAAUAUCUGUGCCCUUGAAGGUUGACAAAAGAAGAAUGCAAAUACAACGGAGAAAAACGUAUCGGAGUGUCUUGUUUUGAAUGCUUCCUCUGUGCUCUCAGGGUGAAUUCAUGUUGUAAUAUUUAAAAAUCACAAGAUAGGUUGUUACACUGUUACACUGUGGCAUUGGAAUUGUAACUCAUCGGGAUAACCAAUGUGAGAGGGCUAUCUGCAGAGGCAAUCCUGCGGAUUACCUUGGUUUACAGUUGCAAACCUACAACAGUCUUUUAGGCUUCUCCUAGGACUCCAGUAACUGACUGCUUUCCGUGGUGUUGUGGUACUGUUAUUACUCGUAUUUGCUGCCUGUAGAACAAUCUUCAAACUGAGCCAUGCUCGAGGGAAGGGAAAGGAACUACAAUUACUUCUGUUGGUAAUGUAUUAGUCUUCAAAAAAAAUCCAACAGAAAGGAAGAGAAAGCUACUGUAUAUUACAGUAAGAAAAGUUGCAUAGUCAUUUUAAAUUGAAUGGAGAUAUAAAUCGCCUAAUGUCUACAAGCACUGUUACUUGAGAGUAGCAGGAAUAUUGUUUUAAAGUGUGUGCCACCCAGCUUGAAAGUUCUUUUGAAAUGAUUGGCCAAACGAACAUUAGCAGUCUCACUGUUAGUUUUGGGCCUCCUGUAUUUUACUUUUUCUUUGAUUCUAAAUAGUUAUGUUUAAUCUAAAAAUAUUUAUCAAUACUGAUCAAAUUUGAGAAUUACUUUGUAAUCCUGCUAAGUGUAUGUAUUGUAUAUAUAUUAUAUAUUAAAUAUAUAAUAUAUUGAGGUUAUAAAAGAUGAAAAUAUUGAAUCCUUAUAAUAUUUUAAGUUACAGAAUGUCCGUUAAACAAUGAUUGAAUGAGAUGUAUUUGUAUCUAGAAAUUUCUGUUUGGAAUGAGAUUAAAAUACAUUUUUAAAAGCUCAA